GUCACCUCCCACUUUCGGCACCACUUGAGUUGGCGUGUUUAUCGCUGCGCUGUCUUAAAUAAGCAACCUGAGCAAACGGCAAAUCUCUCUUUUAACUCUCGGCAUUGGAUUUCAAGGUUUCAAACCGUGGAUCCAUCAAAUCAAUGUCUUUAACUAGCAACGCGAACAAUUUCCACAAUCUUGUUCUUGAAUCUAAACAAGACCAACCCAACAACAUCCGAAUUCCCGACAGGGUCAAUCUCCAGUCGAGCCCGAGGAGUCGCCAAGGGUCCCCGAGUCAGUCCCCGCGAGUCGGCCCUAGCCGGUUCAUGAACGGUGGAAACAGCCGGGCGUCAUUGGUUGGAGCUGAAUUGGUAGGAAAAUUGUGGGGUGGUCGAAAGAAGCAAUCGAAGAAGGUGAAGAGAAAAGGAGGGAAAGUCUGGUACCAGAGGAAUGGAGUGAAAGGACUUGUCGUGGUGGUUGCAUUGGUGGGUUUGUUCUUCUUGGUCAAUUGGUUUAUGCUUUUGCGGUUACAAGACCACCGGGUCGGACUCCAUGACAGAUCUUCCAGGAACUCUUCUGUUUCGAUUCAGGGAAAGGUGAAAAAGCUUAGUAAAGGGAAAAGGCAAUUUCAUGGUAUUUAUGGAAGGAUGUUGGCUUUGGCUGCUCAUGCUUUGGCAGAGGGGCAAAAUAAACGCGAGCCAAAAGAUUUAUGGCAGGAGCCUGUGGUUCCUGCUUCUGCAUGGAGACCGUGUGCUGAUCAACGGAACUGGGAACCUAGUGAGGGGAAGAAUGGAUACAUUAUGGUUACUGCAAAUGGUGGAAUGAACCAGCAGCGUGUAGCUGUCUGCAAUGCUGUAGUUGUUGCACGAUUACUUAAUGCAACUCUUGUUGUUCCCAAAUUUAUGUACAGUAGUGUCUGGAAAGAUGUAAGUCAAUUCAGCGAUAUCUAUCAGGAGCAGCAUUUUAUUAACUACCUGACUCCUGACAUUCGAAUAGUGAAGGAACUUCCUGAGGAGCUACAGUCACUAGAUUUGGAGGCAAUUGGUAGCGUUGUGACAGAUGUAGAUAUUAGGAAGGAAUCUAAACCAAGUUUUUAUUUGAAAAACAUUCUCCCUAUUCUACUCCAGAAAAGUGUUGUCCAUUUUGUUGGAUUUGGGAAUCGUUUGGCAUUUGACCCAAUACCAUUUCAGUUGCAGAGACUUCGAUGCAGAUGUAACUUUCAUGCACUUAAAUUUGUUCCAAAAAUACAAGAAACUGGUGCUUUACUCCUCGAAAGAUUGCGCCGGCAUUCAGCUCACCCAGGAGCAUUGGAUCAUUAUCUUGUUGGUUCACAUGCAGUAUCAGCCAUGAUUGCAAGGGGUGAUCGUGCUGCAAAAGCUUCCAAAUAUCUAGCUUUGCAUUUAAGAUUUGAGAUUGACAUGGCAGCUCAUUCUUUAUGUGAGUUUGGUGGAGGUGAAGAAGAGAGGCAAGAAUUGGAAGCAUAUCGACAAAUCCAUUUUCCUGCUCUAACAGAGCUCAAGAUGACAGAAAAGUUACCUUCCCCUGCAGUGCUCAGGUCUGAAGGCUUAUGUCCAUUAACACCAGAAGAAGCGGUACUUAUGCUUGCUGCUCUAGGUUUCAACCGUAAGACUCAUGUAUAUGUGGCAGGGGCACAAAUAUAUGGAGGGAGAACUAGAUUGGCUGCUUUGACGAGCUUGUAUCCUAACUUAGUUACUAAAGAGAAUUUGCUUUCACCAAAGGAACUUGAACCAUUCAUGAACUUCUCAUCUCAGCUAGCAGCACUGGACUUCAUUGCCUGCACUGCAGCUGAUGCAUUUGCCAUGACGGACUCUGGUAGCCAGUUGUCAUCUUUGGUAUCUGGUUAUCGAAUAUACUAUGGUGGAGGGAGGAUGCCAACAAUACGCCCGAACAAGCGGAGACUAGCUGCUAUCUUCGUGAAGAACAAUACUAUAGAGUGGAAAGUGUUUGAGCAGAGAGUGAGGAAGGCAGUUAGGCAAACUAAACAUGUCCAGAGUAGGCCUAAGGCUAGGAGUGUUUACAGGUAUCCACGGUGUAAAGAGUGUAUGUGUCUUACAAAUUAACAUUCCACCAUUUUUUAAGCAUGUCAAUUCUAAUUAUAACAUGUAAUAUUCUUUGUUGUUUAACAUUGGUCUCAAAUCGAGCUAUAUGAUAAUUCUUCUAUCUGUUGUGUGUGA